UAAGCAACUCAAACUUUAAUAUAUAGCUUUGUUCUGUUGAUCAUUUUCUUUGUUCAUAUAUCAUAUAUAUAUAUCGAUGGCUAUUAUUCGGAUUCCUGGUGUAGUUCAUGCAAAGAAACUUCUGAGAAUGAAGACUUCGAUGAACAAUGGAAAAGAUGUUCCGAAGGGUUGUUGUGCAGUUUACGUUGGAGAAGCUCAAAAGAAACGUUUCGUGAUUCCGGUUUGGUAUCUGAACCAUGACGAGUUCAAGGCUUUGCUGAGUCAAGCUGUGGAAGAAUAUGGAUACAGUCAUCCCAUGGGAGGACUCACCAUUCCUUGCCCGGAACACAUCUUCCUCAGUCUCACUUCUCGAUUAAGUAAAAACGAAAGGAGUAAACAACAAGAGGAGGAUUCUCAGUUGUGUAGUACCCAUAAAUUUCAACAACUCUAUCUCUCUGAGGCAAAUGAGCAAACACCUUUGGAGCACAUGGAAUAUCGUUGAGAAACUCGCUUAGAGGUUUUAGGCUAAUUUGGAUGGUUUUAAUUAGAAGGAGGGAAGAAAGUUCUAUAUAUUAUUUUAUUAUUAUUAUUCCUUUUUUUUUUUUAUAGGACUUAGCUAUUGCUUGUUCCGUACAAACAUUAUGUAAUAAUGACUUUGGGUUCUACUAAUAAUGAGUUGAAUUAUAUAUAUAUAUAUGAGAAUUAAUUUUAACCAAUAAAAUUGUAUGUGAAUAGUAAUAUUUGUUUGUAUUCUAAAUGUGGCUUUAAAUAAAAUAUCAUUAUCUA